AUGAUAGAUUGUGUUGAGCGAUUCGGCAUGUAGAAUGAAUAUUGAGGCAAUGCAGACCUCAAAUCACCCUAGAAAACCCAACCACAGUACAGCGACUAAAGCCAUUAAUWUUUAAUUACUACCUAAUAGCAAACUGUGUUAUUUUAGACGGCACAAACCAAGCCAGUCAACCAAGCUGCUUUUAAGCGAAUACACUCUUCGGAUUCGGAAUCACGUUUUCAUUGCCACACUAAAGCAAUUCAUUGGAAGGAGAAGGCAGAUUUUUGAACUCUAGGGAGGCAAUUUACUAUGACUUUGAUAUUAGUGUUCGUGAAAGCGGUCCAGGCUCAGCAGUAACCCACUACUCUCAGUCACCUGCCGGCCUACGAUUGUUUAUAUUUUUCGUUCACUUUGCGUCUGUGUUGAGAAAGCAGUACUUGUUCGUCGUACUUAUGCUAAUAGUACUCCGCGAAUUACGAAUCUUGCAAGAAUUGUUCCACUGAGGGUUUACUGAAGAUCAACGAGGGGGCAAUGAGGCUCGAAUAUGGUGACGGCGCAUCAUGAAGGAGUAGUUAAAGUAGACUUACAGAGUUUAUUUCAGCUCCAUCAGGCGUGCAGAAAUGGAAACAAUCGUAUAAUCAAGAAACUUCUUUAUAAGAUUCCGCAUAUUGAUGUCAAAGCAAAUGGAAUGGCCUUAAUACACAUCGCAUCAAGACAUGGUAACCUUGAUACAGUUCGUUACCUUAUCAACCUCGGAGCAAACAUCAAUACAGUAGAUGAUGAUGGCAUGACACCGCUGCAUUGGGCAUGUAAAGGUGGCCAUGCAGAAGUCAUCAAUGCUUUACUCCGAGCAGGAGCAAAUCCAAAUAGUAAAACUAAAAACGGUACAAUGCCGAUACAUCUGGCCUCUCAGAGCAGCAGUGAGAAGGCUAUCGACUUGCUAAUAAAACACGGAGCAGAUGGGAAUGCCCUUGAUGGACAAGGGAAAAACUCACUGUACCUUGCAAGUGAGGCAGGUCACGUGUCAGUUAUUGAUGUUCUAAUUCAAUAUGGCUUCCACCAACACGUGCCACUUACCGAUGGAAACACUCCUGUACAUAAAGCUGCUAUGAAUGGACAUUCAAACGCAGUGGAUUUUCUUAUUAAACAGGGCUGUGAUAAAAAUGCUGUAGACAAUGACGGCUGGAACGCACUUCACACUGCCUGUCAAAAAGGCCAUGUCGGCGUCAUUGACACGCUUCUGGUCAGCGGCAUUCAAGCAGACUCUCGAAUUAAUGGAGGAUGUACACCAGUAAUGAUUGCAGGUUGUCAUGGAUACCCCGAGGCAGUGGACUUUUUGGCCAAUAAGGGCGCUGAUAUCAGCUCUGCCGAUGAGUUCGGAUGGACUGCUUUACAUUUUGCGAGCUUAGGAGGUCACGUUCCAAUUAUUCGAUUGCUCUUGAAAUUACAAAUAAACAUAAACAUUAAAACUAAGCAAGGAUCAACAGCCCUUCAGAUCGCAGCUCGCUACGGCCACAGCGAAGUGGUUGGAUAUUUAUUAAGGAAGGGUGCUGAUGUUAAACUUACAGAUAAUGAAGGAUGGACAGUGCUUCAUUACGCCAGCCAAGGCGGUAGGCUGUCCACUUCUUCCCUAGAAAUGAUUUUACAGCAAGGAGUAGACCUUGAUGUACGUUCCAAGUCUGGAAUUACCCCACUGCAUAUUGCUGCUCGACAUGGUCACCAGGAAAUUCUGGAAUAUCUACUUGAAAAUGGUUCCGAUUUUCACAUUGAGGACAAACAGGGAUGGAAUGCCCUGCAUCAUGCCUGUAAAGGUGGCCACACAGGAGCAAUCGAAGCGUUGUUUCGCAAGGGUCUAGAUAUCAACAUACGCACUAAAUGUGGCAUGACACCAGUCUGUAUAGCAGCUCUUCGUGGGCAUCCAGACAUUCUGGAAUUCCUUCUCCCACGUGGUGGCGAUCUUCACGUCGUAGAUAACAAUGGAAUGACGCCUUUGCACUACGCCAGUAGAAACGGUGAAGUAGGCGUGGUUGAAACUCUAAUCAACCAUGGAAUGGAUGUCAAUGCUCAAACUGAAAAGGGCAUUGCACCAAUUCACAGUGCUGCAAGUGGUGGUAUCGCCGAUGCAGUGAGAUUCCUUAUUGAACACAAUGCAGACGUGAACUUGAGAGAUGAAAAUGGAUGGAACUCAUUGCACUAUGCUAGUCAAGCGGGUCAUCUCUCAACAAUAUGUGCUCUGAUUGACCACGAAGUGGAUCCAAACUGCCGUACCUUUGAAGGACUAACUCCACUUCAUCUAGCAAUUCAACGUAACCAUUUGGACGCAAUUCGAGUUCUACUUUCUAAGGGAGCAGAUGAGUAUGUUACCACUCAAGAAGGUUUGAAUUCCCUUCACAUUGCAAGCGAACAUGGGUAUGUACCAAUAAUUGAUCUUCUCUUGGAACUCGGUGUCGACGUCAAUUGCCCCACUAGCAAAGGUUCCACUGCCUUGCACAUUGUCGCAUGCCGUGGUCAUACAGAAGCUGUCACACCUUUACUGUCACGCAAUGCAAACUUUCAAGCUGAAGACUCCAAUUAUUGGACGGCGAUCCAUUUGGCAUGCAUAGAAGGCCAUAUAGGUGUAGUAGAGGCUAUCUUCCAACAUGGCGUAGACCCCAACUAUAAAAACAGUAAGGGUUAUACACUGCUGCAUUGUGCCUCGAUGAAGGGUCAAGUUAACGUCGUUGAAUACCUCAUCAAGAAAGGUGUCGAUGUUAACGCAGUGGAUGACUCGGGAAUGAAUGCAUUACACCAUGCAAGCGGCGAAGGUCACGUGAACGUUGUAGAAGUACUACUGAAGGUUGGCGCACAGCCAGACAGCCCAACGCUUGAUGGAAAAGCUGCUUUGCAUUUAGCGUCUCAAAAUCGUCACUCAGAUGUGAUUGACUUUCUCAUUGAACAAGGAGCCGAUAAACAUGUCGUUGACAAAAAAGGAUGGAAUGCACUUCACUACCUGGCAAAAAAUGGUAGCAUCAAAGAAGCAGAGGCUUUGCUGCAUCACGGUGUUGAUAUAAUCGUGAAGAGGACUUAUGACGGCGAUACUGCAUUGGGAAUUGCCGAGAAAGAGGGUAACAAAGCUAUGCACCAGUAUCUUAACGGCUUCAUGAGCAAACAUUUUGGGAUUACCGGAGAUGAGGAUAUCGCCAAACAAGGGAGGACAUUUGUCUUAUGGAAGAAGAAAAGGACAGCGCGAACUUGAAAAUAGCCGAGAGUCAAGUUAGAUGUUUUCAAUACACAGUUGACUAUCUUGGAAUCUGUUUUAACGGUCGUUUCGUCAAUUGAUUAUUAGCAAAUUCGUAUUUACUACAAAUUGAUGAUAAUAGGUAACAUUAAGAGGAUGGUGAUUUACGGGAGAAUAUCGAGAUAUGAAUUAUAAUCGCAAUUCAUCAAUUUUAUCGAGGCUAAUAAURAAAGCAUCAUUCCCUUAUUGAAGCAGCAUUCCAGUAAGGACAAACAAAAAUAAUUGCCUGUUUAAGCAGUAAAUCUAAAGGGAUUUARCCAUCAAUCAUUGCCUAACUUAUUAYCACUAAUCCACUAAUAUAUCCAUCAACGCGCGUGAUUUUUUGCCUUGUCGAUUUUUUUAAAUAGCUUUUGACGUUUUUUAAUAGAGGUUUAAUUGUUGUUGAUAAUUUUAUAUUUCAAGUUGUACUGUUCAGUAUUACGAUAAGAGUUUGGUCUUUAUUCUUUGUCAGUAUGUGAUAUUAUAUUAUAGAGACCUUAACCUUACGCUAAUAAAAAAAUUCUUAUUUACAUAUUCUGUGUUUGCGCGAACAUGCGAUAGUGUACGAUGAAGAAGACUACGCUAGAUUAGCUGUAGAUAUAUGGACUAUAUCAUCGUCAUACUGGUCUGAGAAAUAUAGACAAGAAAAAUUAUUGAUUAAUCUUCUUAAUGGUGCAGAAGUGUAGGUUUCGUAUUCAUUUGUCGUUCCUGCAAUGCACAUUCAACGUCUAUUUACGUCAAUAAAACAUGCGCACGUCACAUGCAUAUGGUAUCUUAUAUAUACAGCUAUUUCAAAAAACGCUGUCGGAGAGAAUGGCAAACGGCAAAAACGGCGAUUGUCGAAGGGAGAUUGCACGACCGAAAGGGACUAUGGUUACACUGUUUUGAAAAAGGCAAAAUUUCACCUAUUGCAUGGAUUCACCACAUAGAAAUGGAGGCUAGAUGGAGCCAAUGUUUACCACAGACUAUCUCACAGUGUAAAUCAGUUGUUAUUUCAUUUUAUCAAACAAUACAUUGAAUAAAAGGCGGAUUCAUGGGUCCAUAUAA